AUGUCAUAUGAAAAUUAUGAGAGAGAUUCAUCAGUGUAUUCGGAACCUACAGAGUCCGAAUAUGACCCCAAUGACGAAAGGUGGGAUGAUUGGGAAGAAGAAUGUAUUCAUUCAGAUUUAAAAUGUUUAUUUUGCGAGAAUCUUUAUUCGUCUGCAAAUGAUCUUUUUGUUCACUGUACAAAUGAACAUGGGUUUGAUUUUAUCAAGACCCGUGCAGAGCUAAAAUUAGACUUUUAUCAGUGCAUAAGGCUUAUAAAUUACAUACGGCAACAGGUGUUGGACAACCACAAACUGGCCAAUUGUAGGUCCUUUUCGAUUAGCGAGUCAACCACGUUUUUGGAUAAUGACAAAUAUCUUAAACCAAUAUUAGAUGAUGACCCAUUAUUAUAUGUAUUUGAGAGUACAGAAAACGACGACUUUUCUGACGAUGAUGACCCGAAUGAAAACAUCAACACGAUCAAUGACUCUUCAACAACCAGAUUAAAAGAAUUUAAUCCUACGACGCCGUUAGAACACGAACUGCUAAAUCAUCUGAGAAUAACUGAACAACGACUUCAUGACACGGAAGCUCAACUGCGCAAGAUGACUAACCAAGUAAUGGAAUAUCGCGAAAUGUUCAGGCAACAGUUUGUCGAUACUGUUGACCAUACACCCAAUUUCGAAGAAAUUUUUGCCGAUGCUGACACAUAA